CUACAACACAACCCACCCACCCACCAAUCAACAAUACCAUACCAACGAAUCCACUCUCAACCCCCUCUCAUCCUCACCUUUAUAUCCUCCUUCUCCAACCAUCUACACAAAAAUAACAACAACCCCACCACCCCGACCAAUCCAAACAAAAUGGACCCCCGACACUCCCAAACCUCACCAAUCCCACCACCACCACCCCCCAAAGAACCCUCAUUAACACCAACAACGCACCUCAAACCACCACACACCCAGCCUCACUCCCACCAUCACCACCACCAACAACCCCACCCACACCCACACCCACGCCCCUCCCAAUCGCACCCUCCCGUCCGCGCCCCCAUAACCGCGCACCCCAGCGCCACAAUCUCCGAAACGACUCUCAUCCAAGGCUCGCACCCGAUCUCCAUCGGCUCGGGAACCAUAAUCCACCCACGAGCAAGAAUCUACUCCCACGAAGGUCCCAUCAUUAUCGGAAACGGAUGCAUAAUCAGCGAGAAGAGUGUUAUUGGGGCGCCGUUACCACCACCACCACCUGCCCCUGCCUCGUCCUCAUCCUCACAAGGAGACGAGAAACCCAUCCUGCCGACACGGAUUUCCUCGAACGUGACUAUCAGUCCCUGUGCGCAGGUUCUCCCAGGGGCACAUAUCCAUUCAUGUUGCGGGAUCGAAGCGCAUGCUGUUGUUGGACGGCGGGCGGUGAUAGGGUCCCAUUCGAGGGUUUGUGCCGGGUGUGAGGUUGCGCCGGGGGAUGUGGUGAAGGAGUGGAUGGUUGUUUGGGGGGGUGCGGGUGGGAGUGAGGGGCAGAGGAGACGGGUGAGGGUUACGGGGAAGGUGGAGUCGAGUUUGAAUGUUGGGGCGAAUGCGAAUACUGGGAAUGGGGGGCUGGAGGGGAGGGUGAUUGAGGAUGCGAGGUUGAUGGUGUUGCAGAAGGAGAGGGAGGCGUUGGUGAGGUUGAUUGGUGGGAGGAGGAGGUAGAUCGGAUAUUAUGUUUUGAUAUGAGGGUUGAGUUGGGGAGAUGGGGAUUGAAGAUUAGGUUAGUGGAGGGGAUAUCCAUGGAAAGGGAGCGGUUGUUAUGGUUGAUACAUGUGUUUCCUGCUCUAUACCCAUCAAUAUGAUAUUAUCACUACAGGUUCUGUACAUUUGACAGUACCCUAAACAUCUAAGCU